AUACCAGUCCUUAAGGAGACAACUUCCCGAAACAUUAUUUCAAAUAUUUGUGCAAAAAGUAUUCGCGAACAAAAAGACCAACACGAGUAGAGUCUAUCGCGCGGUAAGAUUUUUGCAUAUCUUGGUUUUUCUUUUUUUCUGAAUAAUUCUCAAUGGGUUUUAAUGAAAGGAAAAGGCUACUACGAUAGUAAGGCUCGCUUGUAUUGUUGAUUAAUCGGUUAUAUUGUCAGUUGUUUCCUAGUUUAUUUACAGACCCAUUUCGAUUUUGCGUUUGGACAGUGAUCAGGCGCUCUGAAUAGCACAGCACUUUGAAAAGGUAAUCAUCGCUGAGAAAAAUUUCAGAAAUCCCUUCAGCUAAGCUUCGUAAUGUUCAUAUCCGAUAAAAUACUCACGUUAUAUGUCAAUAAGAUGCUUAAAAAAACAGACAUGAAUUUUACCUUAUCUACAAUCCUUAAUAUCAUCAAACAAUUGUGUGUUUAUCUGAACAUUAUCCAUAGCCAAAUUUAAAAAUAACUGAGUCUAUGUCACUUUUUUAUAUUUAAGUAUUUCUACAACGUGCGGUUUGUAAACAGAAACAAUACUUUCACGCCAUUAAGAGACUUCUACACAUUCGAUUCGUCCAUUGAAUGAUACAAAGUUGUUGAUUGAAUUGGUGGUGAACCUGGCCUUGUCCGAUCCAAACCAAACCAGAAGGCGGAAUAAUUAGAACUGCGUACAGACAGGAUACUCGUAUUUUGUUUUAUUGAAAUUUAUUCAUAAACUACAGGACACCCGCGGUGAUUUGUUUUAGGAAGACAUGCGGUUUUCGUCAUCUGCACGAACUUCCCUUUCUUGAGAUUCCAGCUUAAAUCAGAAUUCAACGAUGGGGGUGUAGCAUCUAACUUAUGAAACAACUGUCUCACACCACAGGAAAUGGCGUCUAACAAUUCAAACAGCACCAACUCAAGUGGUCCCACAGCUGUCUAUUCGGGUUCCCCGCCUCCUUUCAUCGAAUUACAAUACCUGAUAUUAUGGUGUGUGGUGUACUUGAUUCUCGCCACUUUCGCCAUAUGUGGGAACGUCCUCAUUAUAUUGGUGUUUUCAAAGAAGCGAAACUUAAGGACAAGGACCAAUUAUUUUGUGAUUGGCCUGGCACUCGGUGAUAUUUUGGUGGGCACCGUAACGAUUCCAUUGUAUGUGACUUUGCUUAUUCUACUGUUCAAUCAGAACUUCAAGCCAGCAAGCUUUGUGCGAAAAAUAUUCAGCCCGAUGGAUAUUCUCUCUGGAAUGCUCUCUAUUCUCCAGUUGAUGACAAUCAGCGUUGAGCGAGUGUACGCCAUUGCCUUCCCAUUGCGUCAUCGCACUACAUCCGCCCGCAUCAACUUCGUAAUCUUGGCAACAGUGUGGUUAAUGGCCGCUGGUAUUGCCUCUCUUAACUUCUUCAUACCGAAAGGCCCCGAAUGGAAAGGCACGUUCCUCAUUUAUUCCACGCUUGGCUUCUUUAUACCUUUCUCUGUGAUUUUCUUCGCUUACACGUCGAUUUGUAUCAUCAUAAAACAUAAGACAAAGAUACCGCGCAACAGAGCUCGAGUUGUCAAAAGAGAGAGCCGUACAGCGCUCACAGUCUUUGCUCUUAUCCUUCUUUUCCUCGUCACAUGGUUGCCAUUUUUCAGUCUUAAUUUAGUGCUCUUCUCCUGCACAAGUUGCGCAGCAGCAGUGCCGUUGCAAGUUGUUUUAUUAUUCAAAGCGCUGCAUUACAGUGGAUCCGCAUUAAAUCCUGCUGUGUACUCUGCACGCAUGCCUGAAUUUCGACGACCAAUCACCAUUCUUCUCAAGGAAAGAAGAUUUACAACAUCUUUCUAUCGGCAUUCGAUAGAGCGACAAACACUUAGGAGAACAAGUUCUCGACGCCGAGAUGUUGAACUGUCAGACAUUAAUGAUCAGCGGACGAGCAGUUAUAGUGGAAAUGAACCACGUGCUGUUACUACAAAUGGAAAUGAUUCGGAAAAGACUGCGAUUGUGGGAGGGAUUUGAUAGCAGCUGAACGGAAAAUGCACUCAUUACACGAAAGGGUCAAAAAAGAUAAAAAUACAGUUUUCCAUUGUACGCGAAAAUAUGCGUGGAUUAUUAUAUUAUCGCGGGGAUUAGCUUUCCGAUUGCGAACGUCGCGGAAAACCUCAUUGGUACUUCGAGAAACACACGCUGUCCACUGAAUCUAUGCACAUCUUUCUAACCUAAUGGAAGGUCUAGUAUCGCCGCCCCACCCUGUUUUGAGAAAUCCCUAUUAAUAGGCCAAAGUAAUUUUGUCGUGGUUCAACUAAACCCAAUAGCCUUGUUUAAAACAUUCAGUUCUAUUCUUAACAAUAAUCGGUUGACGAACACUGAAAAAAAAACACGUGAAAAGUAGAGGAUAUUCUCAGAUAUCCCUUGUGCCAUAAACAUAAUAUAACAAUAAAUCUACCAACAAUAAAACGUUAUAACAAUAAAUCGAUUAGCGAAAGAACUAUGCAGUGUUUUUUGCUCUGCACACCACCCUGUGAUCAUGGAGUGGCUUAUCAUAGACUGGCUGUUAUUUAGGCUGUCGCGUCAUUUGGAUUAACAUGACGGACUUGCUAUCAAUACAAAUAAUAAAGCGUAUAGGCGUAAAAAACUGAAAAUUUUUUUUUAUGUUUUAUGCUGUUAGUUAAGUUUAAUCGAAGGUUGGGUAGUCUAACAGCUCUGAUGCGUCUUUCAAUAUUAAUCAUACAUAAGCAACCUCGAGUUAGAUUUCUCCCCUGAACGUCAAGAAGCCUUUAAUAGGACUUGCAUAAUAAGGAGGAAACAGCUCUCCUUUGCUAGGAUAGAGGAGUUCAACGGUGAUCAAUUCUACACCUGAGACUAUGUCAUUAUUAUUACAAAGUAAGACAAAUUUUGCCAACUCUUUAAAACCUAUCAUUUCAAUCAUAUCAUAUAAUGGAUGAAGGGCAGGUUUGAAAAUCUGCUUAAGAUGUUUCUUAAGGACGUUCCCGCGAAAAUUCCCAGUCAAUAGAAAUUUUUCAGAUUUUUACUGCCGUCAGAUAAUGAGUUACUUAUGUCAGAAAUGCAAAAAAAUUGGGGUCACCGAUUUCGUUGCAGAGAUAAAGCGUUUGUAAAACUACCCUGAUUUUGAAAAAUUGGCGCUCGUAAUUUACCAUGGUCUACAGGGGUUUAUAGUUAAAAAUAUCGAAGGUGAGUCGACGGAGGUAAACGAUCUUUGUCACAUUUUGUAGAAGUGGGUCUGUUGCGUAAAUAAUUCUAAAUGUUGCCAACGUUUUCACAAAACUUAACCCCUCGAGAGGCAUUUGUAACCGCCGCACAGAUGAACGAGGAGCUAAAAAUAACGGAAUUUGAUGGUGCAUUUUGCAAAAAAUUCAAACCUCUAAUCGAUAGAGUUUGUUCAUAUUUUCGCUAAACGUAGAAAAUCGGUAAAGAAAAUGAUCCAUCAAAAGAAAAAUAGGGGUC